CCCCUAGCACUCCACUUCUGAUAAACUUUAACACGGCGCUUAGUUUUCUUGCAUUCACAGACAGCUGACUGUAAGGAGAAUGACAUGGUUUCAUUUUAAGCUCAGACUGCGCACAGAUAGUAAACAUGAUUCCUUUCUUGAGCCAUACAAUUCUGGAUGCUAGACGUCCGACAAUGUCCUAGCAUGGAUGCUGCACAGCUGCUACCCUGCUGCUGCCUGCUAUUAGCCCUCGCAGACGGCUUAAUAGCCAGCAGAAUCUGCCCGGACCUCAUCACUGACAGCUGUCUGUGCACUGCCGAGCGCUCCAAAGGACUCCGGAGGCAGAAAGUCAUCCACAUCAGAGUGGUGUGCAAUGGAGGGGACUUAGUGGAAGUUUUACAGCCUGUUUUAUUGCCUAACAAAACAGUCACCCUACUUCUCAGUAACAACAAGAUCUCGUUGGUGAAGAACAAAUCUUUUCUCGGAUUAAACUCGCUUGAGAAACUAGAUCUGAAGAAUAACUUGAUUAGUACCAUCGAGCCUGAAGCAUUUUAUGGGCUAUCUGAACUGAGGCGCCUUGACUUAUCAAAUAAUCGAAUUGGCUGUUUAACCUCAGAAAUGUUCAUAGGACUCAAUAAUCUACAUAAACUAAACUUAUCUGGCAACAUUUUCUCAACACUUCCACCUGGACUUUUCCAAGAGCUUUUGUCUUUAAAAUCUGUAUGUUUCAAUUCGGAGUCACUCAUCUGUGACUGUAAUCUUAAGUGGAUCUUACACUGGGCAGAGAAUGCUUCAGUUCACAUCGGUGAGGAAACGCUUUGCGCCUACCCCAGUGCUGUCCGAGGCCUGCCAUUCCGUAGUAUGAAAGAUAAACAGUUAACCUGCGAUGGACCCCUGGAAAUCCCUCUAUUUCAUAUGAUCCCAUCUCAGAAACAGAUUGUUUUUAACGGAGACCGCCUACCAUUUCAUUGCACUGCAACAUACAUCACAGAACACACCCAAAUCCAUUGGCUACAUGAUAGACAACUGGUGGAAACCGAUGAGGAACGUGGAAUAUAUGUGGAAGAGAGUAUAGUACAUGACUGCUGCUUAAUUACACGUGAUCUGAUCUUGGCAAGCGUGGACAUGGACGACAAUGGUGACUGGGAAUGUCAAGUGAACACAACGUAUGGAAGUAUCACUAAAAAAACUGAGAUCAUAGUUCUGGAAAUUGGUACACCGUACUGUCCUGCCGAAAGAAUAGCGAAUAACAAAGGGGAAUUCAGGUGGCCUAAAACACUAGCAGGUGUGACGGCUGUCUACCCGUGUGCGCAGAUUGCAUUUAGCUCCUUGCUACACCAGGGAAGAAGAUCAGAGCAGCAAGCUUGGCGUAAGUGUCACCGGACAGGACAAUGGGCAGAAGAAGAUUAUUCCAAUUGUCCUUAUUUUCAUGAAGUAACCAGACUUCUUCACGAUUUUAGUCUGAUGCCGGUAAAUGUCACCAACGUCCUUGAAUACGCUCGACAAUUAAUGGCAUACACCGGAGGAGCAUCUGAUUUUGCAGAUAAGAUGGAUGUCGUGUUCAUAGUGGAUAUGAUGGAAAAGAUGAUACCAUUCUUGGACCAAAUCAAACAUCUUGGAGACACAAUGGUUGAAAUUGCAAGUAAUACUAUGCUAAUAGAUGAUCACGUUCUUUGGAUGGCCCAGAAAGAAUCGAAGGCUUGCACGCGGAUUGUGCAAUGUCUACAACACAUAUCAAGCUUCUCCCUGAACAAACAUUCAAAGGUUUCCCUUAAUAUUGCACUGGAGGCUGUCAUAAUCAGACCAGCGAGCUUCAUUGGCAUGACUUGCGUAGCCUUCCACAAAACAUCUGCAGACUCAGAGACAUCAUUGAUCCAAGAUAAUAUAGAUGCAAAGACAGAAAGUGCUCAGAAUUUAAUUGUCAAAUGCAACUCUGGUCAUCUCAGCGGCUCACUGCUAAAUUGGCCUACUAAAAAUACUGUAGCCGUCGCUUCCAUUCACUUGCCACAGUCUGUCUUUGCACAGUCUCCUUCCUUGCAAUCUGUUGAUAACUCCACAAGCAAUCUACAGCUUAUCGUCUUUCGGAAUGGGAAACUCUUUCCUAGCACUGAGAACUCAUCGUAUCUUGCAGAUGAUGGUAGACACCGUUUGGUUGCAACGCCAGCUGUGUUUUAUAAAAUAGAUGGGUGCAAUUUGGGAAACCCCAGCAGUCCAGUGACAGUAGCCCUAAGACACUAUACAAAAGGCACAGACCCUAUAGCUGCUUACUGGGACUUCAACCGCUUUGGUGGAUAUGGGGGCUGGCAUGGAGAAGGUUGCCACAUCAUCUCUUCUGUAGCCAAUUUUACCACUUUUCAGUGUUCAUACUUUGGUAACUUUGCAGUGCUAAUGGAUUUGAAGACUGUGCUGUCUUUGCCGCAGUACCCAGGGGACUUCUUACACCCUGUGGUUUAUGCAUGCACUGCCGUAAUGUUGUUGUGCCUGCUUGCUUCCAUUAUCACCUACAUUGUGCAUCACAGUACUAUUCGGAUCAGCAGAAAAGGAUGGCAUAUGUUACUUAAUUUCUGUUUUCAUACUGCGCUAACGUUCACUGUGUUUGCUGGAGGAAUCAACCGAACAAGUUAUCCAAUAAUAUGUCAAUCCGUCGGUAUCGUGUUACAUUACUGCAGUCUAUGUACGGUGUUGUGGAUUGGCGUAACUGCAAGGAAUAUCUACAAGCAAGUGACAAGAAAAGCACCACAAUGUCCGAACCCUGACCAGCCUCAAUUUCCAAAGCAACCUAUGCUCAGGUUCUAUCUGAUUGCUGGAGGGGUUCCUUUCAUCAUAUGUGGAAUAACUGCAGCAACAAACUUAAAAAAUUAUGGAAAUGAAAACAAUACGCAAUACUGUUGGAUGGCCUGGGAACCCAGCCUUGGUGCUUUCUAUGGCCCAGUUGCAUUUAUUGUACUCGUCACUUGCAUAUACUUUCUCUGCACCUAUGUGCAGCUGAAGCGUCACCCUGAACGCAAGUAUGAAUUGAAGGAGAGAACAGAGGAGCAGCAGAGGUUGUCCGGUGCUGAAAUGGGGCACAGCCAUAUAGCCGAUGUUGGACCUGUUGCCCAGGCAACUUGCUCUUUGAUGUCAGCUUCUCUGCUGGAAAAUGAACAUUCAUUUAAAGCUCAGUUAAGAGCAACCGCGUUCACCCUUUUCCUGUUUACUGCAACCUGGACUUUCGGUGCCCUUGCUGUCUCCCAAGGUCCCUUCCUGGAUAUGAUAUUUAGCUGCCUCUAUGGUGCAUUUUGUGUAACUCUAGGGCUCUUUACAUUGAUCCAUCACUGUGCAAAGAGGGAUGAUGUUUGGCAUUGCUGGUGGUCGUGUUGCCCCUCGAAAAGAAAUGCAUAUGCCUCGCAGGCUAGUGCCCGCCAAAAAGUUAACAUUAAUGGAGAGGCUCAAGUGCACACAACGUGUAUUCAGGACUCACCAUGUCCUAAUAAAUCACCUUUAUAUAACCACCCAUCCGUAGGACAUUGCAAACUGACUAAUUUACAAGCCGUCCAAAGUCAUGUAAACUGCCUUUCACCGGUCACACCAUGCUGUGCAAAGAUUCACUGUGAACAAUUAAUGGAGGACGAGGGACACAUACACGUACACAAUGAAAGUGCUUUUAGGCCCAACAUGCAUGUACACAGGUGUCUGAAAAGCAGAACUAAACCCCGUUACUUCAGCCGGCACAGAUCAGCUGCGGAGAGAGAAUAUGCUUAUCACAUUCCUUCUAGCAUUGAUGGAAGUAUCCAUAGUUCACACACAGACAGUCCACACAGUACCCACGAGGGCCCGACCGGCCACAGGAGAGGCUGCUGUGCAGGGAGUGACCCUUAUCCUACUAUCAACCAGCCAGAAAGCAGUGAAGCAAGUACUGCAAUAUUUAGCUGUAGUAAAAUGCCAGAAAGUGACACUGUGCACCAUACAGCUCAUUUUGAGAUGCACCCAAGGAGACAAUCAUAUCCAUUUAAUACAACAAAUCCUAAUGGGAUUCUGAAAGGAAACAUGCACGAAGCCAUGAUCUAUAGCUCAGAUAGUACAGGAAAUAUCAAAACCGGCCCUUGGAAAAAUGAAACUACUGUGUAGUUAGUUAAUGGGUUCGGUGAAUUUGUCUUUCCACCCUGAUAAACAUGAUGCUAUGUUUUUAAUUUCACUUGUUAAAUGUUCGUGCAGCACACUAUUACAUUGAAUCGAUGUACAAUGCUUCGUUCUGUAUCUCUCUUUUUUCUUUUUUUUACAAACAAAUUAUAAAAUGAAUCAAGUGGUAAUCAAAGAGAUGUAUUUAAAGAGGUUUAAUAAUUAAGUCUAUUUUGCAAAUUAACAUGAAUGUGAGAUUGAUCGAAGAGGCAAUACUCUAAAUCUUUAAUGCCAUUAUUUUUGUAAAAGGAUGUGUCCAUGCCCUCUUUAGGAUAGUGGUGGACACUUGGUAGAAUGCUCGAUGGUGGAAAUCCCUCCUGUCAAAUUCUACAAAUAUUUUAUUUUUAAAUAUCUCCUGAGGACACAUGUUAAAUAUUUAUAAGGUAUCAAUUAAAACAUAACCUCUAACCUUCCAUCAUCCUCAGAAGAUGACCUGACAGUAGGGGGUUAUUUUUAUUAGUGGGCUACAGGUUAUGCCCAUAUUAAGUAUAAUAAAAUACCAAUGAACGUGUACGAUACAGGCACAAUUUUACAAGUGAUACAAAAUAUGGAAAUAUAUUGUAUCUGCAAAGAUACGGUUCUCCAGCUUCUGUGGGCCAUCAUUGACAUGACUACCAGUCAUUAUUAUAGUAGUCUACAGCACCUGGAGUCCCAUAUUUUGAGCGGUUGUGAUUUCACCAAUAAUCUGUUCUCUGAUUAUGCAAUGGUACAGAGUAAAUAUAGUAUCAAGGUAUUUAAUCUGCACAACAUAGCAGUAAUGUGAAGUAAUUAAGGAUUAAAUAAUUUCUCAGUUCUACCCCUUUAUAAGGUGACAUUGCCUCGGGAUGGUUGCCAUGAGUUCUUCAGAAAUGUGUCAAGUCUGCUCAAUGUGAAUCUCUUUCCAUGUUGGAGAGAAGUGAUAAUUAAUGUCUCCUUUUACAUCUGCUGUGUUGUAUUGAUUGUGUUUUGCAUGACGCAAUUCAGGGUAUUACCAUUUUGUUGAGUUUUUUUUUUUUAUGUUAUAUGUUUAAAUUGCAGUAUUGUUAAAGGCUGUGAAAAAAAAUUCAUGUGAGUUAUUAAUCUAGAACAUUAAGACUCAACAGAAACUCACCUCUGCACUAGUUUAAGUGGCACAAUCCUUCCUAUGAGAUUUUAAAACUUUGAUUAACGUUCACUCAUAUGUCUUUUGCGAAGCAUGCAGUACCCAUUGUAUGUAACACCGUGCAGUGUUCUAGCAACUGUCUAAAUGAGUUUUCCACAACGUUGUAAAGUUUGCCUUUGGACCCGUGAGUUGAUCUUGCUGAACUUUCAUCCACAGUUCGAAUUGUGCUGGUUUCUCAUUAACUCUUUGAGGACUACAGUCAUGAUUUUUUUUCUUAUAUGAGUAAAUUGAAAUGAUUAUUAUUAAUGCAAAACUAUUCACACGACUUUAAAGAGUGUAAACAGGAUUUGCACAGUCUCUUGACUUCAUAAACUUUAAUACAUAUAACAUAUAUUUAUUUAUAUACUCACAAUAAAUAUGCUUUGGAUA